CAUUACCCACCAAAUUCCACGCACAAUCUAAAGUUCACAAGAACUCUAAUUAACACUCAUUUUCACGUUUUCAAAAGAAACAAACGAAAAAGUUUGUAAAAUUUGUAACAAAGUCUAUUCACCCCCCCUCUAGACUUUGUAUCUCACCACUUUGGGACUACCAAUUAGUAUCAGAGCCUAACUUCUCACUAUCUACAUUUAGAUUAAUGAGAAGCAAUCAUAAUGGUGAACAAUAUGGAUCACGGUUUGCCCAAGUUUUCUCUUCUAGGUUAUGAUGAUUGGAAGAUUAUGAUGGAAGCGCACCUCUAUGCUCUACAUGAUUGCAUGUGGAUGGUGCUUGAAGAUGGACCCUUGAAAAUCCAAAUGGAGAAUCUUGAGAGGAAUCCAGCCAAUCCAGAUGUAGUCCAGUACAUUCCAAAGCCCAAGGAGAAAUGGGAUGAUAGAGAUUGCAAGAAGCACAAUCUGGACAACGUCGCCAAAGCAGCCAUCUUCAAGACACUUGAUCCCAUCACCUUCUCCAAGAUCAAGCAUCUCAAGACUGCCAUGGAGAUCUGGCAAGGUCUUGGGAAGCUGUGUGAGGGAUCAGAGGAUCUAAGAAAGCAUAAGAUAGAGGUCAUUCUUGAGAAGUUCAAAAGUUUCAAAAUGCUUCCCGGAGAAUCAUUUGGUAUGUUGGAUGAAAGAUUCCACAAAAUCUUAAAUGAUCUUGCAUCACUUAACCACGUUCUUUCUCCCAAAGAAAAGAAUGUAAGGUUACUGAGGUCUCUUCCAACUGAGUGGAAACCUGGUCAUUGGAAGUCAGCAUGCCCGUACCCAAAAGUGAAGAAGUACGGAGAAAGAGAAAGGAACGAGAAGAAGAAGAAGGCAAUGGUUGCAGCUGAAAGUGACGAGUCAUCCAGUUCAAGCUCAGAUGAAGAAGCCCUCGUCUGCAUGGAGCGCAGAACUGAGAAGUCCAACCAUGAGAAUCGGUGGACUAUGUCAGAAGAUGACACCCUCUGCCUAAUGGCCAAAGAUGAUGUUGAUCAAGAGAAUUUGAUUGAAGAAUUUGUAGAAUCAAAGAAUAAUCAAUUUGAACGAAAUGGAGAUGAUAUCUCUGAUUCUACUGUCAACAAAAGAAAGAUAGAGGUGGAACAUUGUGAUGGAGACCGGGAUGAGUCGAGCAAGAAGAUGAAGAUCGUUAUAAUAGAGAAGAAUUAGGAAUAUAUAUUUUAUGUUAGCCUGAGAGUAUUAUUUUUUUUGGAUUGAUUUAUGUGUCACACAGUUUAUAUAUAAUUUAUAAUUUUUGGAUUGUUUGUUGUUUAGUAUUUAAAAUACAAAAUUUUAUGGCAUUUGGUAUUAUAAAAAAGAUUGCAUGUUUGAAGAAUAUAUACUCAAUUCAAUAUCCUUACUCAUAUAGUAUACGUUUACCAUUUAUAUGCUUCAUAUUUUCAUAACAUAGAUUAAUGUUAUUUUCUUAAAUUUUCAAUUUCAUUGUUUUCGUUUUUUAAAUCAAUUUAAUGAAAAGGUACUAAUUAC